AUGGCGGACGCUCCCAAUGAUGCGCCUGUUGCUGCGCCUUUCCAGGCCGUUCAAGUCGAGGCUCUGGUUAUCAUGAAGAUUGCCAAGCACUGCUCUUCGGCUUUCCCUUCUGUUGCAACUGGAGCUAUUGUUGGUAUGGAGAACGAGGGUCUCCUCGAGGUCACCAACACGUUCCCUUUCCCUACCGUCGACCCCGCUACGACCGACAGCCACCAGAACGAUGCUUCGCAGAUCGCCGCUGCUGCUCCCCGACAGAAGAACAACAUUCACUACCAAAAUGAGAUGAUCCGACAUCUCAAGGAGGUCAACGUCGACGCCAACAACGUUGGUUGGUACACAAGUGCCACCAUGGGCAACUUUGUCAACUUGAACUUCAUCGAGAAUCAGUUCCACUACCAAAGCGCCAACGAGAACACUGUCGCCCUCGUCCACGAUGCUAGCAAGAGCUCUCAGGGCAACUUGACCUUCCGGGCUUUCCGCCUGUCCCCUGCUUUCAUGAGCGCCUACAAGGAGGGCAAGUUCACAACCGAGAGCUUGCAAAAGUCUAAGCUCACCUUCAAGGAUAUCCUCACCGAGGUCCCUGUCAACGUCCACAACUCUCACCUCCUCACAACCUUCCUCCACCAGAUUCCUUCCGCUCCUGUGAAGGGCGAGAUUGAGCAACCCUCAUCGCUGGAUGACCUCAACCGCAACGCUCUCGAGCCUCCUCUGUACCCCUCUAUCGACAACCUCGACCUUGCGAUCGACCCCUUCCUCGAGAAGACCUGCGAUCUUCUGCUCGAGAGCAUCGAGUCUCACUAUACCGACCUCAACAACUUCCAAUUCUACCAGCGACAACUCGGUCGUGAGCAGACCAAGAUUACACAAUGGCAGACCAAGCGUAAGGCUGAGAACGCCCAACGUGCUGCUGCCAAGCAGGCUCCUCUUCCCGAGGAUGAGUGGCAGCGACUGUUCAAGCUUCCCCAGGAGCCCAGCAGACUGGAGGGUAUGCUGAACGCGAAGCAGGUGGAGCAAUACAGCAAGCAGGUGGAUGGAUUCACAGCCAACGUCAGUGCCAAGAUGUUUGCCGUGCGGGAGAACUUGAUGCCAAAAUAG